AUGAUUAACAGACUGGACGAACUAACAGUAGGCAUUUUAGGCCCUGGACCGACAGCGGACCCAAUCUCGAUAAAUCAAGCAAAUCAAGGACCAACGCGCCAAGCAGAUGGUGAAGAGUUCCUAUCCGAACACGAGGAGGAAUCCGAGCAGGAGGUGGAAGAGCAGAUGACCACAGCGGCCGGGCAGCAAGGACAAGCGAAUUCGUCCAAGUCGAAGGCGAAGAAACAGCAACCAAAGAAGGUAGCGGUGAGGAAAUCGACUCGGGCGACAUCAAAGGCACCAACGGAGCCAACGGUGAUUGAAGAGGAGAUAGGAGGAGAGCAAACGGAUGAUCCAGUGCGGCCGACCACCAAACCUGAUAACUCCCAGAAGAGGCCGGCAGAUAUAAUGAGGGUACUGGAGAAGGUGUGGGAAGCAGAUGAAGCGGGAGAUAAGGCGAAGGCGACAAUGUUCUUUGAAAUAGUCGCAGCGUUGGGCAAAGCACAAGGAAACGAGGAGGCUAACCCGUCUCAACACCCACUUCAGCAGAACCAGCCCGCCACUACGCCAGGAUCCCAAACGGCCCCCAGGAGUGAAAUUCGUGAAGGUGGCGAGAAUCGGCCGAUCUUCUCAAUCCCCAUCUCAAAGUUCGCGGGUUGCUCAUCUGAGCACUAUCCGCUCAAGGACCUUGGAUGCUCAAUCGCUGGCAAAAUCCAAGUACCUCCUAUCAGUGGUAUUACUGGUUUGCUAUGGCCAGAGCUCGCCGGAACCGUCAACUCGCCGCAGGCUCUAUGCUCCUCAACAAACCCACAAGGGGACGAUUCUGAGCCCGAAGGUCCCGGAUAA